GGCACGUGUGUCGCUCGUUGUCGGCGUCGGGAAAACGAGCGUGCGCGGGUGGUGUGGCUGGUGUUGACGGUGGUGCAGUGGUGGUGCGCGAAAGGUGAUACUCCCCGCGCGCGCGUCGUUCGCCGCGCGCCCGCCCUCCCAGCUCCUCGGCCGAGGAGAGGAGAGUGUGCCCGAGGACGACACACCGGGGAUGCGGUGAGCUCGCAUAAAACGGUGAACAUGUGAUUCUGACAGGGCGAGACAGCCCCGUCGUCGGCCCGAUACCCUUUUUUCCGGUGCCGCUUUGCUGCGCCCGCCUUGCGGGGGAGGGGUAGUGGUAGCAGCGGUUCCCUCGUACUCGCAUUCGCCCGCCGGGAUACGCCGCUGGACCCCCUCCCCGUCCGCCUACCCCCUUGAAUCGUGCGAAUCGUGCGCGUCGAGGGGUCGUCGUCGCCGCGCCGCGGAGAGGAGAGGAUACGAUGUUCUGAAUUUCGUAGCAGCUAGAAGAGCCACGCGCGCAUCAUCAUGGUUACGAAGCACUUCGCAUCGCAGGGCGCAAGCCCUGAGUGCGGCGUGCCGGACAUGACAGUCAUCAGCGAUAUCGAUGAGAUCGGUAUCAAUAAGAAUCUUCAAGUUCGGUACAGUAGGGACCAGAUAUAUACGUACACGGGAUCCAUACUGGUGGCUGUGAAUCCUUACAAGGAGGUGGACAUUUAUACGAACGAGUAUGUGAAUCGAUAUCACGGCCAGAAGAUGGGCGCCUUGGAGCCGCACGUGUUCGCCCUGGCGGAGGCGGCGUACAGGUCUCUGCAGGACACCGUGUGCAACCAGUCCUGCGUGAUAUCGGGCGAGAGCGGUGCGGGCAAGACCGAGACCACCAAAUUUAUCCUGCAGUACCUGUGCUCGGUUACCAGCAACGUCGACACGUGGGUGGAGCAGCAGAUUCUGGAGGCCAACACUAUCCUCGAGGCGUUUGGCAACGCGAAAACCGUGCGGAACGACAACAGCUCACGCUUCGGCAAGUUCAUGCAGGUGUGCUUCGACAACAAAUGGAUGAUCAAGGGAUGUAUCAUCCAGGACUAUCUGCUGGAGCAGAGUCGUAUCACCUUUCAGAGCCCCGGGGAGCGCAAUUACCACGUGUUUUAUCAGCUGGUCGAGGCCGGCACGAGGGACAAGGAAUUCGCGGAGCAAUAUAAGUUGAGGCCGGCCAGCCACUACAAAUAUCUCAAUCAGUCCGGCUGCGUGAAGAUCGACGGAAUUUCUGACUCUAAAAGGCUCGACUCUCUCAGGCUCGCCUUCAAUGUGCUUCAGAUCGCGCCGGAAAUGUGUGAAGGCAUCUUUCGGGUUCUAUCGGCCAUCCUGUGGCUCGGGAAUUUAAGUUUCGAGGAUAUCGACGGUGAGAGAUGCGAGUUGUCGACGGAGGACAGGAACAUAGUCGAUACGGUAGCGCCGCUGUUGGGCCUCCAGGUGGAGGAUCUCACCAAGGUGGUGCUAAUACGGCAGAUAAACGUACGCGGUAACAUCACGGAGAUUCCGCUGAAGGUCCAGGAAGCCUGGGAGAACAGGCACGCGAUGGCAAAGGCGCUCUACUCCCGCACCUUUGCCUGGCUCAUCAAUCACAUCAACAACUGCACGAAUCCGGGCCAGGAUAUCUCGCGGUUCCUCGGGAUCCUUGACAUCUUCGGAUUCGAAAAUUUCACUCUGAACAGCUUCGAGCAGCUCUGCAUCAACUACACGAAUGAGAAGUUGCAUAAGUUUUUCAAUCACUACGUCUUCGCUUUGGAACAAGAACUCUAUCACCAAGAGCAGAUCCAAUACUCCCACAUUACGUUCACGGACAACACCAUGUGCCUGGAGCUGAUCGAGAAGCCCCCACGAUGUGUUCUUAAGUUACUCACCGAGCAGUGCCAUAUGCCGAAGGGCUCGGAUUUGGCUUAUCUGACGAACCUGCACGCCGAAUUUGAAAGUCACCCGUGUUACGUGAAGGGAGACGAUCGACGGAAAUGGGAGAAUGAAUUUGGGAUUAAGCACUACGCCGGUUGCGUGACGUAUACUGUCGAAGGUUUCGUCGACAAGAAUCGAGACGUACAGCAGGACGUGUUCUUCGACUUCAUGUCCAGGAGUACGAACGAGUUUGUACAGGAGAUCAGCGUUUAUCAGGAUGUGGCAUCCACCAUCGGGCGUGCAACCGGCGGUACAACCACCACGAUGUCCCGGGGAACGUCCAAGGGCAAGCCUACCCUCUGCGACUCGUUCCGGUAUCAGUUACAGGCCUUAGUAGAUGUCCUGCAGGGAACGACGCCGUGGUACGCACGUUGUAUUAAACCAAAUAUGGAAAAGAUGGCCAAUAAUUAUGAUGAGAAGCUCGUUAUGGAUCAACUCAAGUAUCUUGGUAUGCUCGAUAUCAUACGCAUUCGCAAAGAGGGCUUUCCGAUACACAUGUCGUUCCACGAUUUUAUCAUGAGGUACCGUUGCUUGGACAAGCGCCGAUUCUCGCUAUCCUGUAACGAGAAGGAGGCGGUUAAAUGCUUGAUUGGUAGACAAAAUAUAUCGCAAAAGGAAUGGCAGAUUGGCAAGACGAAGGUGUUCUUGCGGAGCUACGUGCACGAGCCUCUGGAGGAUUCUAGGAAUCAGGUGAUAACGAGGAAUUCUAUCAUGAUACAGAAGAUUUGGCGAGGAUAUGUCAAACGGCAAGAGUAUAAACGUAUAAGGGAAGCGACACUGAAGGUACAGCAUGCAUAUCGCGGUUGGAAGUUGCGAAUAAUGUUCAUUAGGAAACGCAGGGCAGCCAUAGUGAUACAGAGUCAUCUGCGAGGUGUCUUCGCGAGAGAAGUGGCCGCGGCUCUGCGAGAAAUGCGGCGGGUCGACGAAGAAAUGAGAAAGAGGGAGCGGUUGGAGGAGGAACGAAGGAUGAUGGAGGAUAAAAAGGCAUUGGAAGAGAGCCAAAGCACGCAGUACGAUGGUAUUGCCGAGAUGGAAUCUGGGAAAGUGCAAGAGGAAAUCGACGCGUUGUCGCAGAUGGCCGAGCAGAUGAACUCGAAGAUGGCUGCCACAGAUUUGCAAUCGGUGGAUCUUGACAAUCUAUUUUCCUUCUUAUCUGACGUACAAUCAACUAAGAGCAAUCAGAUUAUCGACGAGAUCGGAGAACAGAUGGAUGAGUUGGUGGAGGACCUUGAUGUAGAAUUGGAGUCCGUUAUUCAACAGGAGAUGGAAAUGAAUGCCAAGGCUGAGACGAAACUCGCUUCUCCUGUGAACGGGCAGGAAGUGCAGUCUCCGCAGCAGCAACAGCGAGCGACAAGCGCAAAUAACGUGAGCAGCGGCAAACUUGGUCAACCGACUCUUCCGGAGCCCACGGAACCGCCACCGCCGCCGCCACCUCCGGCACCGCCUUCAGCCAUGAACGGUGAUUCCUCAAGCGAUAACGGCGAGCCGAUCUACGAAUCAGUAUUACCGCGGGAGGCAAAUGAUCCCGGUAGUCCGAUUCAGAACGGUGGCAGUCCGGGCCAGAUGUUGAAUGGUGAGACCUGUGGGUCACCGCCUCCGCCUCCGCCGGCUGGCAAAAUAACCAAAGAAAUUGCCGGUAGUCCGCCAUCCAGACCGGAGUCUAGGAGUUCCGGUCAUCAUCAUGCUCACCAUCAUCAUCAUCAUCAUCAGACGAUACCCCAAGCGCAGCAGAACGGCCACGAUCAGCCGCAGCCGCAAUCGCAGGCGGCACAGCAGCUGCCGGUGGAGCGCGAACAGCGGCGCAAAUGUCGCGUGGAACGAAAACUGCAAGAACUCGAGGACAAAAAGGAGCAGGAGAGCGAGGCGACCUAUCACGAUAUUGUAGAGUUCGCGCAGAAUUAUUUCAACAGCCACGAACGUUCGCCGGAGGGCACCAUAAUGGCCACGUUGACGAGGAAGUCGCGCGGCAAGAGCAUUGAAUUUAUUCCCAAGUAUGAGAUGGUCACGUACUACAAAGGAUCAAGCAUCCCAAACUCGCAUAUUCAUAUGUACGAUCCCGAUAAUGUGAAUGUUGCGUGUUCCGUGUUUAGGGACUUGUGUAAGUAUAUUCGCGGUGAGAUGAAGCUGGAUCAGGAGAUAGUAACGAUUCAGAGUAUUAUUGCUUAUGGAAUUGAGCGAGAGGAGUUAAGAGACGAAAUCUACGUGCAGAGCAUGCGCCAAGCGACGAACAAUCCCAAUGCCGAGUGGUCGGAACGUGUAUGGUUGCUGUUAUGUUUGGCAAUCGUCGCCUUCCAACCAAGCAAGCUGCUCUACAAGUACUUUGUCUCCUUCCUGAAAAAGAAUCUGGCCUUGGAGGGCAAGUUAAGGCAAUACGUGCAAUGGUGUGUGGACAACUGCAAGAACACCAAGGUAUCUUGCAGACAACAUCCACCAUCCACGGUGGAGAUUGCUGCCAUGAGACGACUGGGCACCAUAGUAUGCAGGUUCUUCUUCUUGGACGGAAGAACGAAGGCAAUUGAUGUACAUCCGACUGAUACGGCCGCCGAUGCCGUUGCCAAACUAGGAGAAAAGUUAGGUCUUCGAUCGCUGGAGGGUUGGGCCAUUUAUCAAAGCAGACCGGAUGGAGAGGAGCACGUACGGGCUCAUGAUUAUUUGUAUGAUGUGAUCGCUGCGUGGGAAAUGAAACAAUGCAAAUUGAAUACGGCACAGUCAUCAUUCUCGACGUUGCGACGCGGCAACAAUCCUACUUUGGGCAGCGGCGACAAUCGUUUUGUCUUCAAACGAAGAUUAUUCCGUAAUCCAAGAGAGAUCUCGCAAGAUCCUGUGGAAGUUAAUAUGCUAUACGCGCAGGCGGUCUAUAACGUCGUAAAGUGUGAUGACUUUCCGGUAUCCGAAAAAGUGGCAUUACAAUUGGCAGGCUUGCAAGCGCAGGUGUCCCUCGGCGAUCCUAAGGAUAACGAUAGAUUAGAUUAUUACAGCGAAGUGGACAGCUUCCUGCCCUACAGAAUAAGUCGAGCUCGUGGUGACGACGUUUGGGUGCCGAUCAUAGCGCAAGCACAUCGGCAAUACGGUGCCGGACGUAAAGAACUUGCUGCUAAAGUCCUGUAUCUGUCUUGCGUGAUGCAGUAUCCACUUUAUGGCACGACGAUGUUCAAUGUGACAUAUCGCGGGUAUUGGUCUUACGGCAACCAGUUGAUUCUCGGCAUCAACUGCGAUGGUCUGAUGCUAAUCAAACCGGAUGAUAAAUUUGUUCUGUCCGAGUAUCGUUACCAAGACGUCGAAAGCAUCAUGCUGGAUCCAAGUGAUUCGUUUAUCACGCUCUCGUUGCUGCGACACAAUCCCGAUAGUUCGCACAAAUGCUUCGUUUUCGAGACGCUUCAGAAGAAUGAAAUAGGUAGUCUGAUCGUCAGUUAUUGUUCUGCACUGGCGGGUUGGAUCACUGAAAAUGAAGUACCAACGAAGCUUAAAUGUAUCACUAACGAGGAUCGCAUCCGGCUCUAUCACAAUCUGGUCAACUGCCGGCGAACUCUAGUCGAUUCGGAGAUUCUCAGGAAACCACAGGAUUCCGGUGGUGGUUUCCUUCGCAAUACACUCAGAAGAUUGUCGAAGCACCGGAUAGAAAAACUGAGACAGGAAAGUGCCGAUCACGGUGAAACUUACAAAGGUUUCCCAUAUGCUUACUGGGCAUUCAGCAGGCAGCAGAUACCGCAAAGCCUGUCAAAAUUACCUGACCCCGAUGAGCAAAUAUCUCUGAAUAUCUUCCAGUUGGUUUUAACGUACGCGGGACUCGGCCAAAACGGAGAAACGGUGCGUAGGGUCGAGGACGAGCAUGUGAAUCUUAUACAAACCGUGAUGGAGCGUUGCAUACGAAAGGAAAACUUACUAGGCGAGUUGUACCUUCAGCUGAUUAAGCAAACCACCGAUCACCCAGAUCCUAAUAAUCGCGUUAAUCUGCGACACUGGGCGUUGCUGUCACUCGCGUGUUCCGUGGUCUUGCCGCCUCAGAAGACCAUACGCAAAUACUUAAUCGCGCACUUGAAACGAUGUGCCACCGAUUACGUCACCGAGGAGGGCAAGUACGCGAGAUUCGCGGAAAAGUGCCUUUAUAAGACUCAGGGCACUCGUAGGCGGCAAUGGCCGCCGAGUCGUGAGGAAAUUAUGUGCACCAUUAAUCGCCGGCCGAUCUACGCGAGAUUCCACUUCAUGGAUGGCCAAUAUCACGCCGUUGAGUUUCAUCCAUCUGCGACCGCCAAGGACGUCAUGGAGAUCAUAAAGACCAAGAUAGGACUCGAGGAGACUGCUAUGGGCUAUGCGAUUUAUGAAGUGCUGGGGCCGACCGAACGAUCACUGAUUCCCGAGGAGAAGAUAGCCGACGUCAUGUCCAAGUGGGAACGGUACAGAACAUCGCAGCAGGGUCAACAGGCACGCAAGCAUGUGCAUCAUUUCUUCCUGUUCAAGAAACAUUUGUUCUUGGAUCAAUAUAUGAACUUGGAUGAUCCCGUGGAAAAAGAACUAUUGUAUCAUCAAGUUCUGCACGACUUGCGGGCCGAUCGGUUCCCUCUCACUGAGAAAGAAGCUAUGAUGCUGACAGCUUUGCAAGCGCAGUUGGAGUUAGGCGAUUGUCAGGAGAUUAUAUCGGAACCGGAUUAUCGAACGAUAGCGAGUCACUGCCUAUCAGCGAGAAUGGUGCCGUGCCUGUGCGUGGACGGUGUGCGCCAGCACCAUCAAUCUUUGCGCGGAAUGACGCCGCCGGAGACGAAGAAGGCCUUCCUAAAUCUGAUUCAGUCAUGGCCAUUGCAUCGCGCGACGAUCUUCGACGUGAUGCAGUCCUUUACCUCGAAUUGGCCGCGCGUUCUCUGGCUGGCCGUCGAUCAGCAGGGGUUACAUCUCCUAGAGCACCGUUCUAGAAAUGCACUAUGUACUUUCGAAUAUAACAGUAUUCUAAGUUAUACACCCGCCGUUAAUUGCUUGAUGAUCAUUACCGGUACGGAUAAGAAGCAGAGCAAGGUCAUCCUUACGACGUCGCAGGCUCAUCAGAUAGCGAAUCUGAUCCGUGAAUACAUGGAGGUGCUUCAGUCACCGCCGGAAAUACCGAGGCGGGACUUGACAAUGGCUCAACAGUUGGCCGCCCAACAGCAACAGCAGCAGCAACACCAGCAACCACCUGCGAAUCUGUCGGCGUCUGCGGCCGGUGGACGAAAAUCUCGACCUGCUUCGAUGUUACAUAGAGGUGCUCCGAUAAUACAAUCGCAAGCUAGUUAGAAUGGUUAGGUGAUCUUCCUCACGCGGGAGUUAAAGACGAAGUUUCCUUUUAACCUGCUGUGCUUAUCGAGUUUUCGUUCUUGGUCAUCGCACGUUCCAUUACCAAGUGCCAUGAAUUCGAAUUACGCACACGAUGCCAUGUAUAGCGGCCAGUGUCUAUUUUAUAGGAAAAUAUGCAUAAGUAUUAUACACGAGUAUAAUUUUAAUUUCUAAAUAGGUAUUCUAUUUUCUCCGCACUUCGUCAUGUCCACCGCGAUGAGGCAUUUCCUCUAUGUAAUUAUCUUAGCAAUUUACUCUGAGAUUAAAAUACGUAGAACAACGUUUAGCAUCAGGUUGUGGCGAUAAGGACAAUUUAUAUGUAAAAGCAUUACAUAUUUAAUGCUAAAUGCGGCUAUCUUGAUCGCAUAUUAGAUUUGAACAAUAUAGUGUCUAAGAGGCGUUAUAAAGACAUCCGAAGGCAACUCAAUCUUUCAGACAUCGUCUUUGAACGUCGUUCAGAAUUUUGUCUCGGAGCCGCAUUCAGCAAUAAAUGUGUUAUAGAUAGGAAUACGAAUAUACGGGACGAAGUUCUUAAAUUGAUUAUGCUUUAUUUCGGCCGGGCCUACUAGGGCACGAUGAAUCGUCGUGUAAAGAUGGCACUAGAGCUUAGGAAUACUUAUUUCUUCCACUAUUUAUUGGAUUAGCAUAUAGAUCUCGAGAAAAAAAACGUCAAAGACUAGAUUUAGUCUCCGCGAAUUUAGCCGAUUUAGGGGAGAUGAGUGAUAAAUAACUGCCAUUAGAAGAGUUAUUGACCGCAGGAAAAGUUAUUGAGGAAACUUUUCCAUUUCUAUUGAUGACCGUUAUCAUUGUUGCCUUUUUUACGAGCGACCGCCGCCACCGUUUUUUGAUAAAAGAUUUUUGCAGCACAUACAAACGCGAGAGCUAUAUAUACGGCAAUAUUUAACUGUUCGAGCAAUUAUUCCGUAUACAUCGUUAAUUCCGAUCGACAGUGUUUUAUCCCUCCGGCAUAUCCAGUUAAUAUCAACUGAAAUGAGUGAUCAAGGCGCCGCGCAAUUAUCUACGAAGUGACCAAAAAAAUGAAAUCUUCCGAGCGUGAGUUAAUGUUUGACUGAGCAUUACCUAUUAAUAUUAAUUCCUAUACACAUACAGUCAGAUUUGGAACACGACGAUACAAUGGCAGACAACAUUUCAUUAUUAUUGGUGUUAUAGAUUUGUAAUUAAAGAAUCUAUUCAGAUUAUUUGAUGAAAAUAUUUUAAGUACGAGAAGAAAUGUUUUAUUCAAACAUUUGCAUUUUACGAAACGGAAUAACGGCAUCCAAAAACUCUUCGAUCAUCACUGUAUUUUGAAGACAUAAAGUGUAACCGCCAGAAAAAUCGUUUUUGAAAUCGAUUUCUAAUAACCGUUUGUAAUAACAUAUUUAAUGACGUGUCUUUUGCAAAAAUUAUACAACAAACGUUUGUAUUGUAUAACGUUGAACGAUUCACAAUCAGUCGCAGAUCUAAUGAUUACUUGUUUUCUGUAAUGUGCGAUAUCGAAUAUUACUUUCUUUUUACACAAUUUUUUUUAAUACCCACCGACUCCGAGGUAUUAGUUUUUUAAAAUGUUACGAAUCAAGUAAUGAUACUUUAGUUUAUAAUCGUAUGUUUAAUUCGCGGAAUCACGUAUUUUCUCGCACAGUACCUAGUGUAUAGAUUUCGAACAACAAAUUGGCGUGCGACAAACGUAAACGAAUCGACUGAUCUUUAUUCUCUAGACAAUCUUCUCGGUAUAGUCACUUUUCUUCGUAUAAAGUUAAUCGCUAAGUUAGAAAUAAAAAAAAAACCGUAUAAGCGAAAACGUAUCCGUUGUAUAUCCGCGCGAUUGAUGCGCUCGCAUUUGUCGAAAAAUACGAAAUUGCGUCCAGUUGAUAUUUUAGUUAGUUGAUACUUUUAAUCUGAGAGAAAGAGACGAAAUUCGCUCGUAUGUAAAUAUAUGAAAAAUAUUCCAUCGUAAACUGAUAAGUUUCACGGAAGUAAACUUCUGUUCAAUGAUUUCUUGACCACGAUGCAAUCGCGUCCUCAUAAAUACAGAGAACAGUAAUUUUAUUAAUUCUACAUGUAUUUUUCGCGAGAAAAUAUGUACUUACGUAUUUAUACGUUUUAAAAAUAAGAUUUAAGAAAAAAGAUAAUAAACUGCAUUUCCAGUUUAAUAUUUCGCGUUGGACGAUCUGGUAAUUUAUUAUAUACUCGAGUUAUAUUAUGAUUUAGUAGAAUUAAUUUUUAAAUAUAUGAACUCGUGAAUAAUUAAAGAAUUUGAAAAGUUGUUGGGUUUUACAAAAGAAAUGCAGAUAUUCUCGAAUACUCUCAGGAACGUCGUAGAGAAGCGCUGUUUUGUCGCGAUGAAGGCCGCGACGGAGAUGGUUGUUUUAUUAAUUAUCGUUUCCACUUGAAAAGUUUGGCGGAACCUCGACGUGUGCAGAUACAGACUGUGAUCCACUUUGGAAGUCUUAAUCUUCGAGAGCCGUUUAAACCGAGUGAGACUAUGUUUCAUGUUAUUAUACGGUAUACAUGACGCUUGCGUGUGCCUGGAAAACGCGAAGUUUAAAAGAUAUGUGAGGGAGAUGUCUGCGAACGAUUUGCUACUCCUCGGACACCUGGGCAACGUAAAAGUCUUGUAACAGGCGCCUAAAGGAUGCCUGAAAAUUUAAGUUUCGAAAGGAGAGUUUUUAAAUUUUUCAGGCAUCUCUUGGACGCGCUCCCUUUUGGACUCUUGCCUGAAUGUCUAAGAAACUAAAUCUGAUAGAACAUCUUAACAUCUCAGAUCCUUUAGAUAUGUUUUGAAUGUUUCGCGUUGCGUUUUUGUGCGUAUGUGUGCGUGUAUGUGUGUGUGUGUGAAAGAGAAAAAGAGAGAGAAAGAGAGAGAGAGAGCGUGAUUAAUUAUAAGAACAAUGCGCGCGUGCAUGCAUGUUAUUUAAGUGGCGCCUGCCACACAUGUAGCUUCAAGCGAAGUAUAAGUUAUUGGUUGACGAUGUUAUAUUGAUAUAUAUAUGUAUGCAUAUACAUAUGCAUAUAGACACAUAUAUGUGUAUGUAUAUGGAAACACAAUGACGCUGUGUGUAUAUAAAUAUAUAACUAUAUAUAGGCAAGUAUGAGAUCGCGAACGUUGCGCACAUUGAGCGUUUCAAAGUGACCGCACAACAGUGAGUGGAGAACCAACGCGUAACGUCAUUGCUGUAAGUGCAAGGGACAUUCGCGCCUACGUAUUAUAUAAAAAAAUAUACAUACGUAUUAUAUAUAUCAAUGAAUAAAUAAAUAAAUAUAUAUAUAUUCUA